CACUCACUCGCUCCGCCUCUCGCGCCACCUCAUCGUCGCCUCGAAGCCGAAUCCUUCGGAAGGAAGCAAGGAAGGAAGACCUAACCCUAGGCAUCUCUCUCCGCCCAUGGCCAGGGAGGCGGAGCCGUCGGCCUCGUCCGCGCAGGCGGGGUCCUCCGGGGAGCUGCCGCCGGCCGCUGGCGGCGGGGACACGCCGCGGGGGAGGCGGCGGCGGGCCCGCGGCGACCCGCUCCUCAUCGUGUGCGGCUGCUUCAGCGUCGUCACGGCCGCCACCGCCUUGCUCUGCGUCGCCGUCAACGUCCUCUCCGCCGUCCAGUCCUUCCGCCGCCACCACGGCGACAUAUUCGGGGGCAUAUUCCGGUGCUACGCGGUGGUGAUCUCGCUGUUCGUGGGCGCCAUCGAGACCGAGUGGGGAUUCAUCCUCAAAUUCUGCGCGAUAUUGGAAUACUGGCCUGCAAGGGGAAUGCUACAAAUAUUCGUUGCUGUCAUGACAAAGGCAUACCCAAAUGUUGAGAGGAGCGACCUGAUUUUGCUUCAGGACAUUGCCAGCUACCUGCUCCUUGCAUGUGGACUGAUCUAUGUAGUCUCGGGGGUGUUGUGUCUUGGUGUGUUGAAGCGUUCUAGGCAGCAGAAAGCGAUAUCACGAGAGCAAGCGACCAAGGAUCUGGAGGAGCUGGAGAAACGCAGGGAGGAACUCGAGGCAUUGUUACUUGCCGAGAGAUCCGAAUUGGUCUGAUGACAACAGUCUAACGUUUUUGCCCAGUGUAGAUUGAUUGUUGCUCCUGCUGAUUCCAUACCGCUUGUUCAUCCUCGUCGAUCUGUCACCCGAAAUCAUUUUCGUUGCUGUGCCUCUUUUUCGUGUUUCUGGUUUUCGUCUCGAUUUCUGUUGAACUGGGUUUCCGGUGUGAGCAUUUUGCGUGGAUACAUUGAUCGGCUGGGAUUGUCUCGUGUUAGUGUAGUCAGAUUUAUGUCAAUGUGGUAGUUCUGAUGAAUGAUGUACCAUCCGUCUCUCUCUGUAGUCUGUCUGAACUGUGAAUGUUAAAUAAAUUCAAUGGAAAUUUGUGUAAAGAGGGUCCCCGCCA